GGUGUGGUCCAAAGCAUUGCGACAGCGUCUUGUCGCUAAUUGCCAUUUUGGCACUCGAAAAGCUACUUACGAGAGUGCAGGGGCUCUUUAUCGGUUACUAAAAACUACUCUGGGAUCGUGUUAAAUCACUUGACAAUCAGUAAGUUACUGACAAUGUCACAAGAUCGCUCCAGGACAAUUUUGAGAUAAGCGCCUGUAACGUCUGGUCCUAGUGAAAUGCGACAGACCGCGCUAUGUCCAAAUGCGCCCUGAACUUAUACACUCUUGUUCCAGGAGGUAGCCGUUAAGCAAGACAAGUCAAUGUGGUGUCGUCGCGAUUCCUCCCCUGGACGUGUGUGGGUGUCUAAUUUAAAAUGCCCAAGAUGUUGAGAAGCUGGGGACUCAUCGGUGGAAUAGUGGCAGCAAUGGCAGCUGGUGUUUAUGUACUGUGGGGACCUAUUUCAGACAAAAAGAAGAUGAGAAAAGGUUUAGUGCCUGGCUUGUUGAAUUUGGGGAAUACUUGCUUCCUGAAUGCUUUACUUCAAGGCUUGGCAUCAUGCCCCUCCUUCAUAAAAUGGCUUCAAGAGUUUUCAGGAAGAGGGCAGGACAGGCUUGAAAGGGGGUUGUCUACAACUCUGCUGCAGCUGCUCAGAGCUCUGUCCAGCCAUAACCCCAUAGAUGAUGUUUUGGAUGCGGGGUGCCUCCUAGAUGUCCUUAGACUCCACAGAUGGCAUAUCAGCUCAUUUGAAGAGCAGGAUGCUCACGAGCUCUUCCAUGUCCUUACUUCCUCACUGGAGGAGGAGCGUGACCACCAGACCACAGUCAUCCAUUUGUUUGAUAUGGAAUCUCUGGAGAGUUCCUCGGAAUCAAGAGAAAGCAGUUUAUCCUGUAGGGGUCGAGGACCACUGCAUUCCAUUCCAAAUAUGUGGAGGAGCCAGCACCCUUUUCACGGCCGUCUGAUGAGUUCUAUGGCAUGCAAGCAUUGCAAACAACAGAGCCCAGUUCGAUAUGACUCAUUUGACAGCCUGUCCCUCACUAUUCCCUCAGUGCCGUUGGGUCGAACCAUAACUUUAGACCAGUGUUUGCAACAUUUCAUCUCAUCAGAAACCAUCAGAGAAGUGGAAUGUGUAAAUUGCACUAAGAUGCAAGCAGCUGAGUCUUUGAAUGGACAUAUUGGUGAAAGUCAGAGGACAACUUUCAUUAAGCAGCUGAAACUUGGCAAGCUCCCCCAGUGCCUUUGCAUUCACUUGCAGAGGUUGACUUGGUCCAGUGAGGGCACACCUAUCAAGAGGCAGGAGCAUGUCCAGUUCUCAGAGUAUUUGUCCAUGGAUUGUUAUAAGCACAGUGUUUGUUCUUCAAGCCUCCAGCAGACACAUUACAUUACCCAAUCUGUUCAUUCCCAGAACAGUGCCAUAGAGUACAGCAACAUAAAGCCUGGUUCCACAGGACACUUUCCUUCAGUUUUUCUGCAUUCUCCAACUUUAAGCCAUCCAUCCAACUCUGUACAUGACUACAGGUGCUCGGAAUACCUCUUCAGAUUGACCGCCGUUGUAGUUCACCAUGGUGAUAUGCAUUCUGGACACUUUGUGACCUAUAGACGCUGUCCAGCUUCUCCUCGCUGCCCCUCUCCAUUCAGUGGUCAGUGGUUAUGGGUGUCUGAUGACUCUGUCCGGAAGGCCAGCCUACAGGAGGCACUGUCAUCAAGUGCUUAUCUUCUGUUCUAUGAAAGAGUCCGUAAGCCCACCCCCCAGACAGAGGAGUAGGAGAUGAUGAGCAUGUUCAUUCAAUUCUUUUGGACCAAAACACCUUGUGUGCCAUUGGAAAAAGCCCUCCCUGUGUAUCAUUUCAAAGAGGUACUAAUUUCUGUAAAAAUCUUGUGACAUAUCAGUUUUACAAAUAUAUUUAUGCAUUACAAUUUUGACAGCAUAAAUCAUGAACAUUAACCAUUUGAACAAGUUCCUUUGUCAGGGAGAUUCAUGACCUUACUUCACCAAAUAACACUGAAACAGACAAGUAGAUCUGAGCCUAAUUAUUAACUAAUGAAAAGUUUAUUGUGCUGCUGUGAGGUAACAUGUCAACACAAUGUCUCAGAUGUAUCAGGCAGGCAUAGUUUGUUUCCUAUAAUGUUGCUCCACAAGCCAGACAUUAGAUUACUGAGUAUUAUGGGACAAAUGUUAACUGUCAAACUACAUAGCAUUGUUUUUGUUUAUUUUGAAAUGAAGUGUCUGAUAUGAAGUUGUUUUUGUUGAAGUAUGCUAAUUGUGGUUGCUGCAUAAUUGCUACAUUUUGCCAGGACAAAUAACGACACACUUCACUUCAAAUUAUUUUGACAUUUGUACACUUUCCUCUACCAGUUCAUCAGUUUACCAUGUGAUAUUUUGUGAAAUCAGUGUAUUUUUUUGUAUUUUACCAUUAUAGGGUAAGCCUGGUCAUCUCCAUGACUGUACAAAGUCAAAGCGCUAAAUAAAAUACAUUAAAAACAUAAAA